UCCUCCAUACCUCAGGUCCCUGUUUUUUUACUUCCUGUAUCUGUCCCCCCCUCCUUCCUCCGUCGACUUUUAAAUCUUCCCUCUCCUCCAUCGCUCUCGUUCAUUUCUUCUUUCUCUUCCUCUUUCUCUCAUCCUUCCCCUCCAUCUCCUCCAAUACCACUACCACCACCCUCCAACCCCCCCAAACACACUUCACAGAAUGUCUGCUCCCGCCCACAAGUUCAAGGUCGCCGACCUCUCCCUGGCCGCCUUCGGCCGCAAGGAGAUCGAGCUCGCCGAGAACGAGAUGCCCGGUCUCAUGCAGACCCGUGCCAAGUACGCUGCCGACCAGCCCCUCAAGGGCGCCCGCAUCGCCGGUUGCUUGCACAUGACCAUCCAGACCGCCGUCCUCAUCGAGACCCUCACUGCUCUCGGUGCCGAGGUCACCUGGACUUCCUGCAACAUCUUCUCCACCCAGGACCACGCCGCCGCCGCCAUUGCUGCCGCCGGUGUCCCCGUCUUCGCCUGGAAGGGCGAGUCUGAGGAGGAGUACAACUGGUGCUUGGAGCAGCAGCUGUCCGCCUUCAAGGACGGCCAGAAGCUCAACCUCAUCCUCGACGACGGUGGUGACCUGACCCACCUCGUCCACGACAAGUACCCCGAGAUGCUCAAGGGCUGCUACGGUGUCUCUGAGGAGACCACCACUGGUGUCCACCACCUCUACAAGAUGCUCAAGGACGGCAAGCUCCUCGUCCCCUCCAUCAACGUCAACGACUCGGUCACCAAGUCCAAGUUCGACAACCUGUACGGCUGCCGCGAGUCCCUUAUUGACGGCAUCAAGCGCGCUACCGAUGUCAUGGUUGCCGGCAAGAUCGCCGUCGUCGCCGGCUUCGGUGACGUCGGCAAGGGCUGUGCUCAGGCCCUGCACACCAUGGGUGCCCGUGUCAUCGUCACCGAGAUCGACCCCAUCAACGCCCUCCAGGCCGCCAUGGCCGGCUACGAGGUCACCACCAUGGAGAAGGCUGCCUCCCGCGGCCAGAUCUUCGUCACCACCACCGGCUGCCGUGACAUCCUGACUGGCGUGCACUUUGAGGCCAUGCCCAACGACGCCAUUGUCUGCAACAUUGGUCACUUCGACAUCGAGAUCGACGUUGCGUGGCUCAAGGCCAACGCGCAGAGCGUCCAGAACAUCAAGCCCCAGGUCGACCGCUUCCUCAUGAAGAACGGUCGCCACGUCAUCCUUCUCGCCGAGGGCCGUCUGGUCAACCUCGGCUGUGCCACCGGCCACUCUUCCUUCGUCAUGUCCUGCUCCUUCACCAACCAGGUCCUUGCCCAGAUCAUGCUGUACAAGAACGGCGACGCCGCCUGGGGCCAGAAGUACGUCGAGUUCGCCAAGGCUGGCAAGCUCGACGUCGGUGUCUACGUCCUCCCCAAGGUCCUCGACGAGGAGGUUGCCAGACUUCACCUGGCGCACUGCAACGUCGAGCUCACCGAGCUCAGCAAGGUCCAGUCCGAGUACCUCAGCAUCGCCGUUGAGGGUCCCUACAAGAGCGACAUCUACCGCUACUAAGCGGUCUUUCUUUGACAUCCACCCCAGUGGCUGGAUUUCUUCAACACUCCGAUUAAUGACUUCAAAGAGCGUACACCAUAACAUUUGGCAACGUGUGUUCUCAACAGCAUGACUUGCAUGACACAUCUGGGAAAGGGAAUCUCGGCUGGGGGCGGUUACGGGCUGGAAACUCAAAAGAGCUUGGGGGUUUGCCUGGCUGCGAGAUUUUUCAACAAAAAAUAGGCGUUGGCUUGUGAAUAGUGAUUCCCCAGACCAUGGCAUUUUGUAUUUUUGCGUCGUCCUUUUUUCUUUCUCUUCUACGUCGGCCCGACUUAAUGGGAGCGGGACAAUCAAAAAGGGACUCAACCCCCGGAAAUGGGAAAUAGGGGUAACGAGUAGAUCAACUCGAGGAUUAGGACCCGUCAACCGUGGUCCGCAUAAACAAAUAUAUGCGUCCUGAGCAAAUA